GCAAGUCCAGCAGUUCCCCUAAAAUUUCUCCCCUAUAUCUCAAAACAGGGGAUUCCCCUAAAAAGAUUCUCCCCUAAAAAUUGCUCAACUCCAGCAGUUCCCCUAAACAUCUCCCUUAUUCUAUAUUUUAAGAAUAUUUCAUAACUACCAACGGCUAGUUUCCAACGGCUAGUUUUCCAACGGCUAGUUUCAGCCCUAUAAAUACAUGAUCACCCCUCAUAUCUAUCACAAUCCUGAUCGUGCCUCCUCUUCUACUUCUCUUGCGCCAUCUCUCUGCCAUCUCUCCACAACGAAAUGAGUCACCGUCGAAGUUUGGCCCGACAGUUUUGCGAAGAUUCCUCCUCCGAAGAUGAGAAACUCAUGAUGGCUGCAAUUGUAGCAGAGGAAGAAGAAGCCCGGUUGGAUGCUCCACGACAUGGAGGUUCACAACCGGGACGUCAAUCUCUUCAGCGCGAUUUUGCGGAACGCUUUCAGAAUCUCCACAAGGACUAUUUUGCAGAGAACCCCACCUUCAAGGCAAGGAUGUUUCGCAAUAGGUAUAGAAUGCAUCGUCCUCUUUUUCUGCGCAUAGCAAGUGCUAUAGAGGCACAUGAUAGCUAUUUUUCCCUGAGAAGAAAUAGUGCUGGUGUUCCUGGUUUACAUCCUUAUCAAAAAUUGACCUCAGUAUUUCGAAUCCUAGCUUAUGGGAUAGCAGCUGAUCUUACUGAUGAGUAUUGUCGGCUAGCAAAGUCCACCGCUUUAGAAAAUCUUAGAAGAUUUGUGCGUGCUGUGAUCGAGGUCUUUGGGGGUCAAUACCUGAGAUCUCCAAAUGCUGAAGAUACUGCUAGAUUACUUGCAAUUGGAGAGCAAAGGGGGUUUCCGGUUGAAGGGCAUGCUCCAGAAGUGAAUUAUACCAUCAAUGGACACAACUACAACACGGGGUAUUACCUUGCAGAUGGCAUAUAUCCGCAGUGGGCAACAUUUGUGAAGACAAUUCCAAAUCCCAAAGGUGAGAAGAACAAAAAUUUCUCCCAGUUUCAAGAAGCAUGUCGGAAGGAUGUCGAACGAGCUUUUGGUGUUCUGCAAGCUCGUUUUGCUAUUGUACGUGGACCGGCAAGGUAUUGGGAUCCGGAGACACUCGGAGAAGUGAUGACAGCUUGUAUCAUCCUGCAUAACAUGAUAAUAGAAGAUGAGCGUGGAAAUCGUGUAGACUACCGCUACGAUAACAUGGGAGAACUAGUGACACCUUCUCACCGAGAGGCGGCUACAUUGACUCAGUUUCUUCAAGCUCAGAGUGAUAUUCGAGACAAACAAGUUCACUGUCAGCGGCAAGUUGAUCUAGUUGAGCACCUGUGGCAGAUCCGUGGACUGAUGUAG